CCCAUAACACCGAAAAAAAAAAGUUUGCAGACUUCCACUCGCUACUAUACCGUACCUCAGCCUCCAUUUUCUUAUCUUUCCUCACACCUCCGCUCAACACACACCGCCAGUCUCCGCAACUCCACCGUCGGCGGUAGCUCCACCUUCACUUUUUUUUUUCUAUUCAUGCUUCUGAGUUGGUAAAAUAUCUUUCGUCAUGAGGCUGAUCAAAAGGGUUUUCCCUUCAAACUCUCUCUUGUUCAGAUUACUCUCAUCUUAUUCCCAUUAUUCUACUUAUUCCUCCUCUUUCUCCAUUUUCAACCCUAAUUCACUGCCACUGUCUUCUUCUUCUUCUUCUUUUGCUUCCUCCUCCAACUUCGACUUGUUCCGUGCUCCAUGGUCCACACUUCAAUCCCGCGGAAUCAAAGUCUCAGCUUCUGAUGUUAGAGUCGGGAACAUCAUUGAAAAGCAAGGGCGCUUUUUUGAGGUUCUUAAAGCUGAUCAUUCUCAUGAAGGAAGAGGAAAAGCUACAAUAAAGGUGGAGCUUCGUGACAUUGCCCAGGGGAACAAGGUAACACAUCGAAUGAAUACAGAUGACAAUAUUGAAAGAGCUUUUGUUAAUGAAAAGACCUUCAUGUAUAUGUGCAUGGAUCAUGAUGGAACUGUAGUUCUAAUGGACCCUAAUACCUUUGAUCAGAUAGAAGUUUCCAGAGACUUGUUUGGCAAAAAUGCUUCAUAUCUACAAGGUGAAAUGAAAGUUAAGGUGCAAUUUUUUGAUGAGAAACCUUUAUCUGCAUCAGUUCCUAAACGGGUAACAUGUACUGUGAAAGAAGGUAUUGCAGCCACUCCAAGGAACAAAAAGGUGGUACUGGAGAAUGGCAUUAUAGUUGAAGUUCCACCACACAUUAUUGCUGGUGAUGCUAUAAUUAUUAAUACAGAGGAUGACUCUUACAUGGAAAGGGCCAAAGCAUAGCAACUCCAAUGACGAUUUGAGAAGAGACCUGCAUAAUACAAACAUCCAUCAUACAGUGCUGGUGUCCGAGUUUUGAAUUGGAUAAUGUGACUCACAGGAAGAGUAUUCUAUUCAUUUUUGUCAUUUAACCCCCGUUGAUAAUAAGCUGGUCUCGAUUUAGUAGCUGGUAUUUUAAACUGGUUUUCAUGCUUAUUCUGAUUGUUGGUUCAGUUAUUGAGGAAGGAAGCUCUGGAAAACUUGGGUUACAGUAAACCACUUGAGAAAGUUGUAAGUUUAAUUUUCUUUGUGCCUAUGAGGUUAGGCUAGCAAUGAAAUAACGGAUUUUGUAAAAGAUCUGAACCAUAGAUGGCAUGAUUUUUAUUUUUAUUUUAUUUUUUUA